AUUUUUAUGACUUUAUUGUACACAAAGAAAGCCAAUCUUGAAUCUAAACAGGAAUUUUCCACCCUGUCAAAUAGAGAGAGGAUUAGAGAAGGCACUAGAGAUAGAAGCUUGGUGGAAUUUUGUUUCUUUCUUAGGAUAAGAAAAUAAAAUCUUGAAAAAAACAUAAAGUUGUGGCUGCAAUUCUCCCAUGACUUCUCGUUACCCCACCACCUUAACCAAUCACCCUCAAUCUCUCUCUCUCUAGAGGGGUUUGUUUUUUUGGUUGUAGCUUCAAAAGAAUAGCAUAAUUCAUCCAAGAAUUGAGAGAAUUAGUUCUUGUACAUUAAAGAUAGGUUCUUCACUGAAUUCCACCUAAAAAUAUUAAUUUUUUUUUAGCUGAUUAUGGUUUGUUGUAAUCUCUAUCUCCUUAGUGAAAGCUACAGGGAGUAGUGAAAGAAUAGAUAAUAUUAAUCUUUCCAAGAAAGACACUUCUAACAUGGUGUGAGAGAAAAAAAGAGAGAGAGAGAGAGAAAAAAAAAGAAAAAAGAAGAAGAGAGAGUUGUGGUAGGUGUUAAGGUUGUUGAAGAAAGAUGUCAAGUGGUGGUUGUAGUAUAGUAUGGUUUAGAAGGGAUCUAAGAGUGGAAGAUAAUCCUGCCUUGGCUGCUGCUGUUAGAGCAGGUGCAGUUAUUGCUGUGUUUAUAUAUGCUCCUGAAGAAGAAGGACAUUAUUAUCCUGGUAGAGUUUCAAGAUGGUGGCUUAAGCAGAGUUUAGCUCAUCUUGAUUCAUCUUUGAAGAGUCUUGGAACUUCACUUGUUACAAAGAGAUCUACUGAUAGUAUUUCAUCUCUUCUUGAAGUUGUCAAAUCUACUGGUGCUACUCAGCUUUUCUUCAAUCAUUUAUAUGAUCCAAUUUCUCUUGUGAGGGAUCAUCGCGCAAAAGAAGUCUUAACAGCUCAAGGUAUAUCUGUGUGCUCCUUUAAUGCCGAUUUGCUCUAUGAACCAUGGGAAGUUAACGAUGAUGAAGGUCGCCCGUUCACAACGUUUUCUGCUUUUUGGGAAAGAUGUCUUAGCAUGCCUUAUGAUCCUGAAGCUCCACUUCUCCCACCUAAAAGGAUUGUAUCUGGUGAUGCAUCAAGAUGCCUUUCAGACAACUUGGUAUUUGAAGAUGAAUCAGAGAAAGGAAGCAAUGCACUUCUUGCUCGGGCAUGGUCACCAGGCUGGAGCAAUGCUGAUAAAGCACUAACUACUUUCGUUAACGGACCAUUACUUGAGUACUCACAGAACCGUCGGAAAGCUGAUAGUGCAACCACGUCCUUUUUGUCUCCACAUUUACAUUUUGGGGAAGUCAGUGUUCGUAAGGUAUUCCAUUUUGUUCGCAUCAAGCAAGUCCUCUGGGCCAAUGAAGGAAAUAAAGCUGGUGAAGAAAGUGUCAAUUUGUUUCUCAAGUCCAUUGGGCUUAGGGAGUACUCAAGAUACAUGAGUUUUAAUCAUCCUUAUAGCCAUGAAAGGCCCCUGCUUGGUCACCUAAGGUACUUCCCAUGGGUAGUGGAUGAGGGCUAUUUUAAGGCAUGGAGGCAAGGUAGAACAGGUUAUCCUUUGGUUGAUGCUGGUAUGCGGGAGCUAUGGGCCACUGGCUGGCUACAUGAUCGUAUCCGAGUCGUGGUAUCUAGUUUCUUUGUGAAGGUUCUGCAGCUCCCGUGGCGGUGGGGAAUGAAGUAUUUUUGGGACACAUUGUUAGAUGCAGACCUUGAGAGUGAUGCUCUUGGUUGGCAAUAUAUAUCUGGUACCCUACCUGAUGGUCGUGAGUUUGAUCGGAUUGAUAACCCACAGUUUGUGGGAUACAAGUGUGACCCUCAUGGAGAAUAUGUAAGGCGGUGGCUUCCUGAACUCGCUAGGCUGCCCACCGAAUGGAUACACCACCCAUGGAAUGCACCAGAAUCUGUACUUGAAGCUGCUGGCAUUGAGCUUGGUUACAAUUAUCCUCUUCCAAUCGUUGAAAUUGAUGCAGCAAAAGUUAGACUAGAACAAGCCCUAUCACAAAUGUGGCAGGAUGAAGCAGCUGCAAGAGCUGCGAUUGAGAAUGGUAUGGAAGAAGGACAUGGCGACUCUGCUGACUCCCCAAUAGCAUUUCCUCAGGCCAUGCAUACGGAUAUGGACCACGAACCAGUCAGGAACAACCACCCCGUAAUAGUUACUGUUCGACGCUAUGAAGAUCAAAUGGUGCCAAGCAUAACGUCAUCUUUGUUCAGAGCUGACGAUGAAGAGAACUCUGUGGAGAUUAGGAAUUCAGUCGUGGACAAUAGGGCAGAAGUUCCAACAGACGUCAAUGUAGCUGAAGAUCCUAGGAGAGAUACGGUUGACCAAGCCGUCAUGCAAACAGCUCGAACCAACGCCACUCCACAUUUUAAUUUUGCGGUAGGUAGGAGGAAUUCUGAAGAUUCAACAGCAGAAUCUUCGAGUAGUACUAGAGAAAGGGAUGGGGGUGUAGUUCCUGUAUGGUCUCCCACAAGUACUAACUAUUCAGACCAAUAUGUUGGUGAUGAUAAUGGUAUUGGGACCAGUUCAUCUUACUUGCAAAGGCAUCCACAGUCUCACCAGCUAAUGAACUGGCAGCGGCUUUCUCAAACAGGGUGAUCAUUUAUGUGGAGUUACGAUAGUUACAAGGGCGAGAAGCAACUGGCUAAUAUGGCCACUUUGUGUCUAUAUUCUCUAAUUGAUCAGGUGGUUUGUACCAUAUAUGCGUCUCUGCUGUAUAUUAUAGAAGUUCUUAUUAAGGCCAAAUAAGUGUUAGAAAGAGGUUGCAGUCCUCUGUCAAUCUCUACACUUGUGCCUUUCUUUUUUCUUUUUUCUUUUCUGCUACUUACAUUUUGAUGGCAAUAACGUUUAUCUUGAAGUCCUGACACUGAUUAAAACUUUGUGGAUAUCAUAGUUUCAAACUCUGUUUGGCGGAUGUAAAUGUGGUUUAAGCAGCUUCAUCUCAUAUUUUUGUUGUCGGAACAUUGUCAUUAUUCUAUAAGAUUUCUAGUUUGAAUGUUUUCA